AGAAACCGCAAAACUUACUCCAGUGAGCCGAAGGACAACAAUGGCGCCACCACAAGACGAAGAGAUGUUAGAUCCCUCAUCUUCCUCCUCCUCGGAGAAUGAAUCUCAAUUUGACUCCGAAGAUGAAGUUCCUCAAAAGAAACCAACCAUUGCGCUCUACGAGAAAGAUUCGGACGAGGAAGAGUUGGAGCGACUUGUUCUAGGUAAUAAGGCAGGCUUCCGAGCGCAAUUGUUCAAAGACGAUGGCAUUUUUGAUAGCAGCUGGGAUGCGGAGGGUAAGGAACUUCAGCUUGUCGAGCAAGAUCCUGGGCUGGAGGAAAUCGACGACGCGGACCUGUUCAUGUUCGACACGGGUGCUGGAACAGGCGCUGCAGAGGUCACAAAGGCAGCAAGGCCCACUGAUGGAAACGCUCCUGUAUGGGAGGAUAGCGACGACGAUAGACUGGCCAUUUCCCUGGCUGGAGCCACUCGGUUACGAAAGCUGCGAAAGACGGAGGCCGAGGAUCUUGUGAGCGGAACAGAGUACAGCAGAAGGUUGCGACAACAGUACCUCCGACUUAAUCCCCUUCCAACGUGGGCGCGCGAGGCAGAUGGGCGACCUACCAAGCGAAGGCGAUCCUCUGCAGCGUCUGACUCUUCAGCAGACAGCGAAUCCGACCCUGAGAUUUCUGCUCCGCCUCUUGAGAAGUUCCUUCGCGACGUCAACAGUCUGGCCGGGGCUGGAUCGACCAAGAAGAGGCGCUUGCGACCCGAAGUCAUUGACAUCCAACGCACACGAGAGAUUCCAGACAAGCACAAGGCGCCUGUCGCCAAUCUUUCCUUCCACCCCGAGUUCCCGGUGCUCCUUUCCUCCAGCACCGCUUCUAUCGUCUACCUCCACCACAUCGCGCCAGCCGCUCAUCCUACACCCAAUCCUCAGUUGACUUCAGUGCAAGUCAAACAAGUGGAUAUUCGAAGGGCCGAGUUCUUGUACCCUCGGGGCGACAAGGUGUUCUUCGCUGGCCGACGAAAAUACUUCCACCACUGGGAUCUCAAAUCAGGGACGGUGCAAAAGACGACUCAGAUCCUUGGUCACAGGCUCGAGCACAAGACUAUGGAGCGAUUCAAGCUCAGCCCGUGCGGUCGAUACAUGGCUAUUGUUGCAUCUACCAGAAAGGGAGGCGGUAUCAUUAACGUUCUGAACACGACAUCUAUGCAGUGGAUUUCGGCUGCCAGACUGGCUAGUCAGAAUGGCAUUGCAGACUUUGCUUGGUGGAGCACUGGAAACGGUAUGACUAUCCUUGGUCGAGAUGGUCAGGUUGGCGAGUACAGCAUGGAGAGCCGCUCGUUCUUGGGAAUAUGGCAUGAUGAGGGUUGUGUCGGUGGUAUUGUCCUCGGUCUCGGCGGUCAUCAGGGUCCAGCUGUCCUGGGCGAUGAUCGAUGGGUCGCUGUAGGUUCUAACAGUGGCAUCACCAACAUUUACGACCGGAACGAGCUUGUCGUACUCAGGUCGGAGGAUGUAUCUAUCAAGGAACGGCCAACACCUGCAAGAGUCUUCGAGCAGCUUGUCACACCCAUUACACAUAUUGCUUUUUCGCCAGAUGGCCAGCUCAUGGCUUUCGGAAGCCAACAUAAGAAAGACGCUCUGCGCCUUGUGCAUCUACCAACCUGCACCGUGUACCGCAACUGGCCUACGGAACAGACGCCCCUUGGAAGAAUCACUGCAGUCGCAUUUGGGAAUCAGAGUGACUUAUUGGCGGUUGGUAAUGACACAGGGAAGAUCAGGCUUUGGGAGAUAAGGAGUUAGAUAUUUAAUGGACAAAAAACGGCGCAUGGCUGGCUAUCUGCAAUCAAUAUCCUCUCAUCCCAUUGAUGAUCUGUCCAGUAUCCAAUAUCAUAUCUUGUGUCUGAUCCUUCUCCAAUGGACAGAUAUUGGUCAGUUGAACAUGUGCUUCAACAGCGUCCGAAGUGGGCUACCCUUGGGCAGCUGGUGUCGGGGGAAGAAAGCUCCCCUCUUGCGCGUCCAGACAAUAAGUUCCUUUCUACUCUUGAAGAGCUUGACAUCAUCGGGCCUGUUCUCACAUUGCAAGAACUGCUUAAUGUUGACGUUGAUGCUCUUGAGCGCCUACAGUAAAUCAGCAUCUGGAAGUUAUCGUGGGUAUCUGACAACUGACGUCUCGGCAUUUGGUCUUGCUAGGAAGAUUAUUCGGUAGGCCUAGAUCGGCACAAAGUCGCUGAAAAUCUUGUAAGGUGCCUUUCUUGAAGUAAUUGUUCCACUGGUCCAUGAGGGUCACAUGUUUGCUACUGGAUUUAGACGAGUUGGAGGGGGUGAGGACGAUGACACCGGAGCGAUCAACUAGAUCACUGUCUGAAUAUUCAUCAAGGGAUCGAUCCAUGACUCAGAUGGGAAUAUCGUGUUCAAGUUGAGUGCAAAGUGGUUGUGCUGACUUGUUGGUGACUUAUGAAGCCAGUUCUUACGACAGGAGAGUAUGAAGGAAUUGAUAUGUUUAUGUUCUUGGGAUAACACAUAAAG